UUAAUUAAGUCAAAAAAAUCAUAUGAUGAACUCUGUCAAAGGGAAAUCUAUGGAACAAUCAACUAAUUAUCAAGAAUAAUAAAGGUUCCUUGUUACUUUGUCCUGUUCCUUGUCUUUUCAUUUGUGUAUCAAGAUGAAAGAUCUAAAUGUUUGACGUAAUUGUAAUGACUCUCAAAUGAUCCACAUUUGCAACUUUAUAUUAACACGUAAAGCGAAAAGUGUAUGUAAAUGUUGAUAGUAAUUGAGAUAAAGGAGGUUUUCUCGUCCUAUUGGAAAAUCAUUUGUCUUUAUCGAUCUUCCUCCUUUUCUCUCUCACUCUAUUAAUUCAAUAGAAAAUCAUUUAAUUGAUAUUGGCCCACUAAUUGAUUGGUGUAACUUGUUAAUUGAUGCUCUCUCAAUCUCUUCUUCAUCUUUCAUCAACAUGUUAUCUCAUGAAUGAAGAAAAUUGAUAUCACACUAAACACCAUAGUUAUUCAUGAGAAUCUCUCUCACUUUUUCUUUGUAAUAUUCUCAAUUGUUUCUCCCUCGCCUUUCUCCCUCUCUUUCUCACUGGCAAAUGAUCAUAAAAAAGCAAACUCAUGACGCUUAUUUAAAGGCUUCUUAAGAACUAACCAUCAAAGUAACACAUUGAUACUUUUGCUGUUUAAUCAUCAACAUUAACCACUAAUUAACAGUAUAAUUGUGGAUAACAAAACAUCAAACACUUUACAUCGGUGAUAUUGUGCCAAUCGGAAAAAAACAUUUCAAUUAUCAAACGAAUGUAUUGAAAUAAAAAAAGAAGAAAAAUUCAACAAGUUUCAAGUUCUACUCUUUUUUCCAAUAAAAAUCUAAAUCAAUUCUUUUCUUGGAUAAAAUUCGAUAUUCAACAGAGUUGUACUGAAAAUGGUUCGGCUUCGGUCGAUUAUUUAUAAAAAAUCAUCCUACGAACAAGCGAAUGUUUUUUCGAAAUUCGCUUUUUGGUGGUUGGUUAAAUUUUUCGUCGAGUUUCAAGACAAGAAGCUCAAGACUAGUGAUUUGGAGAAAUGUCCAAAAAACGAGGAAUCAGAGCGAAUCGGAGAUACUCUUGAAAGGAAGUGGAACGAAGAGCUUCGUCGAGCCAAAGAAAGUGGGCGAGAACCAAGGCUUGGGUUCGCUAUUACAAGAACAUUCGGUCUUCGUUAUUCAUUUACCUUCAUCCUUCUCGCUUUCUCGACAGCCUGCAGUAUAAUUCAAACACUUUGCAUGGGAAGUUUGAUCAAUGAUGUUUACACCUUGACCCUUCACGAUAUAAAACCUGACCUGGUCAAGAGACGCAUCUACGCAGCGGGAGUCGGGGUCAUUUUAACCCAAUUUUUGGGAUCAUUUGUACAAAAUUUGUAUCUUUUCUUGGCACGUAAAUUUGGUAUCGCUGUUAGGGUUGCAUGUUCGGUUCUCAUUUAUCGGAAAUCAAUUCGAUUGUCCCAAAAAGCAUUAGGACAAACAACCGUAGGUCAAAUUGUCAACCUUCUCACAAAUGAUAUUACUCGAUUCGACUUUGCAUCAGAAUAUCCUUUCUACUUGAUUGUUGCGCCCAUUCAAGCGCUCGUUUGUAUCUACAUCAUGUGGCCUUUACUUGGUGUCUCGACGGUUGUAGGUUUGGCUGUUUUCCUUUUCUAUGUUCCCUUUCAAUCAAUUAUGGGUCAUGCUUUUGCUAAACUACGUUUAUGGGGAGCUCUUCGUAUGGAUGAACGUAUUAGAUUGAUGAACGAGUUUAUUCCCGCCAUGAGAGUAAUCAAAAUGUACGCAUGGGAAAAAUCAUUCGCAGGAUUAGUUGAUAGAGCUCGAAGACGUGAGAUCAAUUGUGUUCGAUGCGCUGCUUUUCUUAGAGGUUUGAACCUUGGUCUUGGUACUGUGGCAGAAAAAUUGAUCAUGUUCGUUACACUGGUUACAUUUGUACUUCUUGGUAAUCGACUAACCGCUGAAACAGUUUUCGUCUCGAUGGCAUUAAUCAGACAAUUACAACAAUCGAUCACUGUUUUCAUACCUGCAGCUAUUACCAUGGGUUGUGAAUCUUGGAUUACAAUUGGAAGGUUAAACAAAUUUCUACUUCUACCUGAACGUGAAUCACCUGAAUCAUCAAUUGGACGAUCAGUUUGCUCAACUAAAGAAACAAAACUAUCUUUCGAUAAAGUAUCGGCAAGUUGGAAAGACUCAAAGGAUGAAUUAUGCUUGAACAAUAUCUCAUUCGAGGUUAGUAGAGGUCAAUUAAUGGCCAUUGUUGGAACUGUUGGCUCAGGUAAAUCAUCUUUACUUAUGGCAAUUUUGGGUGAGAUUGGAAUUGUCUCUGGUAAAGCUGAAGUUAAAGGCAAUAUGUCAUUUGCUUGUCAACAAUCAUGGAUUUUUGAAGGUUCAGUUAAAGAAAACAUAUUAUUUGGUCGAGCAUAUGAAGAGGAAAGAUAUAAACGAGUUAUCGAAGUUGCCGCUCUGGAACGUGAUCUGUCCAUUUUACCGUUGGGUGAUGAGACACUGGUUGGUGAUAAGGGUACAUCUUUAAGCGGAGGUCAAAGGGCUCGAGUCAACUUGGCACGAUGUCUUUACGCUAAAGCAGAUAUUUAUCUAUUGGAUGAUCCACUUUCAGCUGUUGAUGCUCCGGUGGCUAAACAUAUUUUUGAGAAAAGUAUCAAAAAUUAUUUAGGAGAUAAGAUAACAAUAUUAGUAACUCAUCAGUUACAAUUUGUUAAAUCAGCUGAUCGAAUAUUAUUAUUGAAAGGUGGUCAACAAGUUUGCUUUGGUGAUUAUAAUUCUUUCCUCAAAGAUGGAUCAGAGUUUACCAGUAAGAGUAGAAUUUUGGAGCUGGAAUCUCAAGAUAAUACAAACUUCACUGGUCCACCAAUACCACUUUUACGUCGAUUAAGUCGACAAUCAUCUCGUCUAAGCGAUAUUACCACAGGUUCUGUUAUGACUUUGCCUGAAAUGCCAGACGAGCCACCGGCUCCAUUGGAAGACGAUUCAGAUGAAAUUCCUUUGGCCGAUCAAACUAUUCAAGAAUUGGCUGGUGUAAGGGGUAAUGAGCACCCACUGUGGACAUACUUUCGUGCCGGUAUUCAUGCAUUCCUGUUCCCGUUAUUAGCAUUUUAUGUAAUAGGCGCUCAAGCCUUGAUUGGCUUUGUUGAGUAUUAUUUUUCAUUGUGGUCAGAUUCAGAGGAGCGGAAGGCGAGAGCUGCUGAUGAAGCCGCUGAAAAAGGACUUAAUAGCACCGAAUCCAUUUUUACACCAAUCAAUUUUGUAGAUAGAUUUAAUCGUGAUGAUAACAUUUACUUUUUCACCGCUUUGACAAUUGGAAUUUUCAUCUGGUGUUUAACUCGUAAUAUUGCAUUUUUUGCAGUUUGCAUGAGAUCCUCAGUCAAACUUCAUGAUCGUCUCUUCAAAGCCAUUGUAAGAGCACCAAUUGGUUUCUUCGAUACUAAUCCAAUCGGAAUUGUGCUUAAUCGUAUUUCUCGUGACAUGGGAUUUAUCGACGAUUUUCUUCCAUCAUCCCUUUUUGAUACAAUUUACAUCUUCUCGAAUAAUGCAGCUUCCAUAGUUCUAAUGGCAGUUGUUAAUCCAUGGUUACUCGUACCUGCUCUUCUUUUACUUAUCGCAUGUGCAUUUGUAAGAUCUCGUUAUGUUAACAUUGCACUUGACACCAAACGACUUGAAGGUGUAACUAAAUCACCUGUUUUUUCACAUUUAUCAACUUCUGUUUACGGGUUAAGUACUAUACGUGCCUUUAGGGCUCAGGAAAAGUUCAAAAUGAUUUUUGAUAUGUAUCAAGAUGAACACACUUCGGCCUACUUUACAUGGCUUGCGUCAACGCGUUUCUUUGUUGCUGCUAUUAAUGGUUUACUGGUCAUUUUUACUGGACUCAUUGUAUUGACUGUUUUGAUGGCUCUCGAUUCACUUACGGGAAGUGCUGUUGGUUUAAUUAUUACCUCAACUUUUGGUAUUGCAAGUUUAACUCAAUGGGGUAUGCGUCAGUUAACUGAAGUGGAAACAUUGUUAACUUCAGUAGAACGAGUUGAUGAACUUCGUUAUGUUAGACCAGAGGCUGAAUUGGAAUCAAGUUAUGAUAAGAAGCCUCCACCAGCAUGGCCCCAACAAGGACAGAUUACAUUCCGUCAUGUUUCCCUUCGCUAUGAUCCAGCCAAAGCGCCUGUUCUAAGUGAUCUUACGUUCAGAAUUGAGCCAGGAGAAAAAAUUGGAAUAGUGGGUAGAACUGGAGCAGGAAAAAGUUCUAUUAUGUCAGCAUUGUUUCGACUUAAUGAGCCAGAGGGGCACAUUUUCAUCGAUAGUGUUGACAUAUCAACAAUUGGUUUACAUGAUUUAAGAAGUAAAAUUUCAAUUAUACCUCAAGAACCUGUUAUUUUCACUGGAACCAUGAGAUAUAAUUUAGACCCUUUCAAAAUAAGAAAUGACACCGAUUUGUGGGAUUCACUUGACCAAGUACAAUUGCGAAAACCAGUUAAUGACAUGGGUGGAUUGGAUGCUAUGAUUACCGAUGGAGGAUCUAAUUUAUCAGUUGGUCAAAGACAAUUGGUUUGUCUUGCUAGAGCAAUUUUGGCUGGAAAUAAGAUUCUAGUACUUGAUGAAGCAACAGCGAAUAUCGAUCCAACUACCGACGAGUUGAUUCAACAAACAAUUCGUGAAAAGUUCAACAGCUGUACAGUAUUGACGAUUGCUCAUCGUUUACACACAAUUAUGGAUUCAGAUAAAAUAUUAGUUAUGGACGGUGGACAAGUUGUCCAGUUUGGUGAGCCCGCUGAUCUAAUAGAGGAUAAAUUGGGUCAUCUUUAUCCAAUGGUUCAAGCAACCGGUGGAAAAACAGCAGAAAGUUUGGUUCAAAUUGCUAUGAAAAAUCGACGAAGACGACAAUCAAUCACAGAAUCUGCUGGUCACAAUGAUUGUUGUGGAAUCGAUCCAUGAUAAUUAAAUAUCAUAAUAAUCAUAAUCAACCAAAAAUAAUAAUUAACAUUCAACAUUCAACAUACUUAUACAUAAAAUUAAUAUACAUACACAAAACCAACAAUUAAAUAAAAAAUAAAAAACCAUUUAACCUUAAA